AUGUCCUGGCCAUCUGGUACUUAUGGUUUUCCCAAGACAAGCACGUCAUGUCCUGAUAUGUGGAUACCCGGAUGGAGAAAGCAAAUCAUGGAAGAUGACUCGGGAACAGGUUCAACAUCUCUUUCCACUGAUCUACGUAUGCACAUGGAUGUAAGUUUAGUGGAUUAUGCCCUCACACGACAUUUUUGCACCAAAACCAUUGACAGUGGAGGAAGUCAGAAAGCCUGGCCGGGAGGUAGGUGUUUGGGACUAAAACGAAAUAUAACAGCUUACCGAACUUUUUCAUUUUAUGAAGAAAGACCUGCUUCACAGUUUUGAUACAUGUUUUCAUUUUAAAGUUUAUGACAGCCUGCCGGAACAUAUAGUCACUGACAUAUGCUCAGCAGGUUUAUCCAACAUUGAAUAGUAAAGAGCAAUGUUGCAUUUGGAAUGCUUAUAUAUGAAUCACAAGUUGUCUGAUUUCCAUAUAUAGAUUACAGGGAUAAAAAACACAGACAGACAUCAAAGUCCGAUGGUUUGUAUCUUGAAAGGUGAAAGAUGUGGUUAGGGUUAUAUUUCAACUUUAUUUCGUCAUGCUUCUUCACUGACGAACGAAAUAAGAUUUUUGUGUGAUGAUUUUAGACGUCCACAUCUUGUAUUUUGCAGGACGCAAUGUUUCCUUGACCAUGUCCAAUUUCAUAUCUCUGUAUGUGCACUAGCUAGAGUUUAAGCAAGUGAUUUUUAAAUUUUGGGGUUUAGUAACAAUGGCAACAUUGGGCAAUGUUUCUCGUCAGCCCGAAAAAGACAAAAAUACAUCUCGAUCUUUAGUGUUUCAUGCGAAGCAUUCUUCUCAGUUGACUUGUAAAGGAGAAGAAACAACUCCCCCUGAUGAAAGACCUUUGAUGUUUGAUGUUGAGGAGUCAGGCUGACUAGAACCCAUACCUAAGAUUGCUUUAAUUGUUUACUUAUUUUCAAAAGGAAUGUAUUGCAUCUACAAGAAGAACCAAUGUCCAUCCGGCAUGAAAGAUGGUUUCAUCAAAUGGGACGAUGAGGACACUCCCAAUAAAGAUGGCAAUGAUAAACAUGGUAUUUUACCUGAUGGUGAAUUUGGUACUACUGAUGGCAACGACCUUGCUACAAAAAUAUCAUAUUGUUGUAAUGAUCAAGGAGAUUGGAAACAGUCAAUAGAACUUCCUGUUAAUGAACCAUUCUACUUACUACCACACCAGUCUAAGAAUUGCCAACGUGUUAAAGGGGCUUUGAGUACACUCGAACACAUUACUUACGAUACUGAAGACUCUAAUAAUCAUGAUGCUCUGCAAGGAAGUCAUGCUUACAAAGAUGAC